GUGACGCGUUCACCUGCCGAGCUGGGGCGGGGCGCAGAGGUGCCUUCGCUGCUGCCACCGCCGGGAGCCAGUCGGGAGUGUACCAGGCUCUGGGAAAAGCAGGGCUCCCAGCCCGAGAGCGGUUACCUGCAAGCCACGACCCGGCAGCUACCAUGGCGCUCCUACUGUGCUUCGUGCUCCUGUGCGGGCUCGCGGAUUUCACCAGCGGUUUGAGCAUCACCACACCCGAACAGAGGAUCGAAAAAGCUAAGGGGGAAACUGCGUAUCUACCAUGCAAGUUUACGCUUGAUACCGAAGACCAGGGACCACUGGACAUUGAGUGGCUGAUAUCCCCAUCCGAUAACCAGAUAGUGGACCAAGUGAUCAUUUUGUAUUCUGGAGACAAAAUUUAUGAUAACUACUAUCCGGAUCUGAAAGGACGGGUACAUUUUACAAGUCACGAUGUCAAGUCUGGUGACGCAUCUAUAAAUGUGACCAACCUGCAGUUGUCGGACAUUGGCACUUACCAGUGCAAAGUGAAGAAAGCCCCUGGGGUUGCAAAUAAGAAAUUCCUGCUGACCGUUCUUGUUAAGCCUUCAGGUACGAGAUGCUUCGUGGAUGGAUCAGAAGAGAUUGGGAAUGACUUCAAGCUAAAAUGUGAACCCAAAGAAGGCUCCCUUCCGCUGCAGUACGAGUGGCAGAAACUGUCAGACUCGCAGACAAUGCCUACGCCAUGGCUAGCAGAAAUGACGUCACCAGUUAUAUCUGUGAAAAACGCCAGUUCUGAGUAUUCUGGGACAUACAGCUGCACAGUCCAAAACAGAGUAGGCUCUGACCAGUGUAUGCUACGACUAGACGUUGUCCCUCCCUCCAACCGAGCUGGAACGAUCGCGGGCGCCGUCAUAGGGACGCUGCUGGCCCUUGUGCUCAUCGGAGCCAUCCUCUUCUGCUGUCAUAGGAAACGCAGAGAAGAGAAGUACGAGAAGGAAGUGCAUCACGAUAUCAGGGAAGAUGUGCCUCCUCCAAAGAGUCGGACAUCCACUGCCAGGAGCUAUAUUGGCAGCAACCAUUCCUCCCUGGGAUCCAUGUCCCCCUCCAACAUGGAGGGGUAUUCCAAGACGCAGUAUAACCAAGUCCCCAGUGAAGAUUUUGAACGUGCGCCUCAGAGUCCAACUCUGGCACCCGCUAAGUUCAAGUACGCUUACAAGACCGAUGGCAUUACAGUGGUAUAAAUAUGAAGGACUACUGAAGAAACUGAAGUACUUUUUCCUUUAUAACUCUAGUAAAGACUACUGUUUUGUUUUGUUUUUUGAAAAAAGCCCGCCCUUUGUUGUUGGUUUUAGUUUUGAGCUGGGCUAUCAUCUUGCCCAUGCUAGCAUUGAAUCUGAUGCACAGCCGGGGUGCGCCGUGAUGUCCUGCUGUCUGCCUCAGCCUCUCAGGUACGGGAUUUCAGGCACUCCCACUACAUCCAGUUUACAAGGCGGGUUCACAGCGGCUACAGGAACACAUCUGCUUUCUCUGAUGGGAGAAGGCGAGUAAGUCACAUGUCCUGUAACAUCAUUAUGGGUCAAAAUCCUGGUGACAAAGGUCCCAUAUAUACUGACUUUGAUUGAUAGCUGAAAGUUGUUUUAUUGUAUUUAUAUUUUCAUUUAGUUACUGCCAGUAAAUUAGAAGUUUUUUACAUGUAUGUUUUGAUAUGUGGCUUUUGGGGAUCCUGUGUUCAAUAAAAAGGUUUUUCUUUUUAAAGGAA